UUUGUUAAGUUUGAAGUUAUGAACUUGACAAAAAGCGUGACAAAAUUUAUGAUGUGUCGCCCAACCUUUUUUCAGGUGAAAUAUGAAAUAAAUCCUUGGAUGCGUCCUGGGGACCCGGUAAACUUAGAAAAAGCGCUUCAACAAUGGAAUAAUUUGAAGAAUAUUAUAGAGAAGUCAGGCGGGGAAGUGUUGGUGAUGGAACCUGAGGCAAGUUUACAACACAGAAAAUUUUAUGAAGUUGGCGCAAAUAAUUAUCCAGAUUUGGUUUUCGCAGCGAAUGCGGCUGUCGUGAGAGGCAAUAAGGCAUAUCUGAGUAAUUUCUUCUAUCCGGAAAGAAAAGGUGAAGAUUAUUACUAUGACAAAUGGUUUAAAGAGAAUGGAUACAUUACAAAAAAAGAUAUUCACGUUCCAUUUGAGGGUGCUGGGGAUGCUUUGUGGGUGGGUAAAAAUAAACUAUUUUGUGGUAUUGGCCCGAGAACGGAUGUCCGCGCAUUAAAUUUAAUCGCAAAAAAUUUGAAGGACGAGGAAUCUCCUUUUAAAGUUUAUGGCUUUCGUCUUAUUGAUCCUAGAUUUUAUCACAUUGACACGUGUUUAUGCGCAAUAACUGAACAACUAGCUAUUUAUUACCCAUAUGCCUUUGAUCCAGUCGCUCGACAUAAUAUGUCUAAUGAACUCGAAUUGGUUCCAGUCACCGAGGAGGAAGCGAUCCGCUUUGCUUGUAAUUCUAUAGUCAUUGGGAAAAGUGUGAUUAUCCCUGUUGGGGCAGAACAAACGGCUAAAGCAUUGCAGAAGCUUGGAUUUGACCCAAAAUUUGUUGAUAUGUCCGAAUUUAUCAAAAGUGGAGGGGCAGCAAAAUGUUGUACUUUGCAAUUGUCUCAAUAG